UUGGGGCAAGUGCUAUUAGCGAGUAGCACCGUAGGAAGGCCGCCACGGUACACGAGGGGGUGGGGUGGCCAUGCCUGGCCGCCUUUGACUCCCUAGUGGCGAUGUUUACUAUGCACCAGACCAGGUGUUAAUUUGAGGCUGAGUCGACCUAAGGGGAGAUGCAGGCCCAGUUCAGAUAAUCGCCACUGGUGGUGAUGCUGGUGGUGGCCGUGAGUGGGAAUCGAAUUGUGGUCUCUGCCGGCUUCAUAGCGCGGCGUAGCGCUAACCGCUAAUCCGUGAAAUCGCAUCAUCUAUUUGGCGUCCUCCGGUCUAAGAGACUCGGCUCUAAAGAAAGCUGUCUCUGGUGUGGACCAAUCAGUUUUAAAGGCAAUGCAUCGUAUACUAUCAGAGCGUGUGUUUUUUUUGUAUUUUCACCACAGCAGUAGAGCUGCUGAACCUAGCAGUUCCACUGCUGGAUUUUUUUUUCCGCCUGAGGACGACCGCUUGUGUCGCGUGAAUGGGUCCGUUGGUGGCGAUGAGGCUGCAAGACGGGCGCCAUGUUUGUUUCAGCUGCCUCGCCACGAGAUCGGACGGCUCCUCAGAUGGCUUCGCCACUUCCUGCACCUCCUCCGCUCGUCAAACAAGAGACCGAUGAUGAGGAGAGCCCAGCCACUGGGAGGAGUCCUGAUCUGCCGGUGAAACGUGAAGACGCCGCCGCUGAUAACGGCGGCGAUGAAGCAGCCGCAGGAGCGGUCGUGAAGCAGGAGGAGGGUGAGGGCCGUCUGGGCCGCGAGAUCGUGAGGACGCUGGUGAAGAGCGAGGUGGAGGAGGAGGACGCUCCAGACCUGAAGAUCGUUAAGGUUGAAGAAGCGACCGAGAUAUCGGAUGAAGCGGCGGCGGAUUCCCGCGAUGGGCGUCUGGAAGCGCCGGACCAGAACUUCGUCGAGGUUGAGUUGUCCGAAGAGGAGGACGUUGGUGGAGACGGAGCCGGGGACACCACCGGCGGCAAACGGCACGGCUGCCCGCGGUGCGGCAAGCGCUUCGCCCACCGCUACCUCCUGGAGAUCCACGUGCUGAGCCACACGGGGGAGCGUCCGCACGUCUGCGGCGACUGCGGCCGCGGCUUCGUGCGGCUCGCCGACCUGAGGAAGCACACGCGGACUCACGCGGCCGCCGGCGGCGGCGUGGAGAAGCCGUACGCGUGCGGGGACUGCGGGCGGGCGUUCUCCCACCGCUACUUCCUGGGGAUCCACGCGCGCGUCCACACGGGCGAGCGGCCGCACGCGUGCGGGGUCUGUGGCCGCACGUUCGCGCAGCGCUCCCACCUGGAGGCGCACACGAGGGGCUACCCGCCUGUGCCGAGUGCGGCCGGGGCUUCUCACGCCGCUCCAACCUCAGUUCAAAGUUCAAAGUUAAUUUAUUAGUCUUCUUGGUUCUUUCGGUAAAGUCACGUAGAAGGGAAAUAAAAAAAAGAAUUCUCACGACGUUUACUUCCCUUCUACGUGACUUUACCGAAAGAACCAAGAAGAUGAAUCCCUGCAGUCACGAAAGCUUUACAUCGACAUUUAAUUUAUUAGGUAUAGCCCUGUGAGCCAUUCGGCUCUUGAAUCGGGUGCAACCGCAACAAACAAAAACAUGAACAAGAAAACAUCUUAAUGUGAAUAUGUGACUAAGUGCAAACAGAAAAUCCAAGAAAAGACAGCAAAAUAUUGCAGAAAAAAAGCACCGUACACCAACGCUGUGUGCAAAAAUCCCAGUGGGAUGCAAGUCAAACAACAACAACCACAAGACAACUUAGAUUAAGGCCAUCAGUCUAACUCUGUACUACAACAACACAAACAUGGCCAAACCAAAAAACUUUUCGAAAAUCACCAAAAUAAAGCCAUAAAAGCAAUGAAACAGUGCAGGUCACAGGAACUGUGACCGAAUUUUCACAAUAAACGACGUAAACAACAUGUACUACCAAACUCCGCAGCCAUAGCUGGCUGCAUGAGUCACUCCACAACCUGAAGAUGCACGGCGCGGCGGACGCACGUCGGGACGCCGAUGCCGCUUCCGCGCCCGGGAGCUGACCGGGCGCGCAAACGUUGGGGACCGCAGGAGCUCGGGCGAUCGUCGGAGACGAUUCUUCGCUGCUGCCGCUGCCGCCGCUGCCUUCCCACGCUCGUCUGCGCCUCUGUGGGACCCACUGCGCACGUUGAUAAUUCUCCAGCGGUUUGCUCGAAUGAGCCCGGCAGGGGCUGGACUUUGGAGGCAGCGGUGCCGCUGUGCCGGGAAGUUAUCUCGCUCACCCGGCAUGCAGGAGGCCGUGGGGGUGGAUCCCGACCCCUGACGUUUCUACCUCUCCCUCCUUACCUCUCUACCUCCCUCACUCUCUCCCUACCGCUCUAACCUCCUUUGUUUCUUAAAAAAAAUUUCGAUCAGAAGAAAAACAAAAAAUGCUCGGUUAGGCGGCACUCGGCUUCGUUCAUCAUGUCGUUUUUUAAAUAAAAGUUUGGCUUUCACGGCGUUUUUCUUUUUCAUAUAAACACGAAAUAUUAGGCGUGUACCUCCUUUUCCCAUGUAACAGAAAGCCCGUCGUGGGCUGUGUUCACAGACACAACGUUAAAAAAACACCUUUAAACACCCGUCAGUCGCAUCACACAGCACCCACUGCGGCCGAACGCGUCGAAAAGGAUGGAACUCGCUCGUCGACUGUGCGGAGCGAAAUUCUCGCAGAAACCACCAGGGCCUUGAACAUGCGGCAGUGGCUGAAUUAGGCCAAUGCCCUCGAUUGCACGUUGACUGGCGCUACAGAUCGCCAGUUUCGCAUCGUUUGUGACGAAGUUCUUGAAGCCCUCUUAUAAAUAUUCAUAUUCUUGGGUUUUUUUGGUAAAGUUACGUAGGUAAAAAAUUCAAGUUAAUAAAAGUAAUAUAAAAAUAAAAUAAAAAUCACGACGUUUCGGAGGCAACACAAGCUUCCGUUUUCAGGUGGACCCGUCACAACACGAUAGCUGUAUCAAGUGAGAGAAAUUCCAAGAACACAGUCCUUGUAUAUAUACUGGUUGAGGGUGGGAGGAGCCAAGGUAGGCACCUGAAUAUUAUUUGUGUGAGGUUCGGUGCGGCUGAAGCACGCUGUUAGGAAUGAGCCUUUGUUGUGUAAACUAGGUGCGGCUGAUGUGAAGGUGCGUGUAAAUGGGACAGAGCCUUUUGUUAUGUAGAGGUGAUGCGGCUGAAAUCGCUGCCAGGAAAUGAGUCUUUGUUGUGUAGAAUGGUUGACUGAGUCUUUUGUUAUGUAGAGGUGGUGCGGCUGAAAUCGCUGCCAUGAAUGCUCCAAAUAUGUGUAGUUAAAUCUUAUAAACUUUGGGGUCUACAUUCUCGCAAUGUCCAAAAUUAAGAAUCGCGGGAGAGAAAUUAAGCUUAAAUGACACUAAGUUAUUUUGUAUCAGUUUGAAAAAGUGAGUUGAGGCUUUGACAAUGUAUGUAACCGAUGCGCUUCUGUUUCAUUCCAGCGUGGAAUAAACAUUCUGGCUUAAUAUCUGUGAAACAUGCCCGAAAAUGACGUGUGGUCAUAGUUGUCGCGUUAACCAUAAAAUAAAAUAUUUAAAAAGUACUUUUUCAAAAAACACGCUUUAAUGAAAUGUACUAUCCGAGCUGCCCCUCCCCCUGCCGCCUUCCCCCAUGGCCCCUCCCCUCCUUCCACAUGCCCCGCCCCUGGGCGUGGCUCCCCGAGGCUUGCCGUGACGUCAGGGACCACGUGGUGAUUUACAGGCAACGUGAGUUGAGCGUCGACAAUUAUAGCCGUAAAAAAGAUUGUUUAAAAAUAUUUAUUUUGAAUGUUCAAUAAUAGAAUAUAGUAUUGUCAUCAGUAUGACAUAGCUAUACCACGUUUGCAGUCGAUACAUUGGGAAUACGGUUGAAAUUGAGUUACAAGAUUUUUGGAUACAACACAUAC